AUGGAGCCGCAUCACCUGCUGCUCGACAUGAACGCCGUUGUGCACGCCACCGUCCGCCAAAAUAGAUUCACGUCGCGAACAACAAUCAGGGAUGUUAUUGCGGCCGUUAAGCGUUUCUUGAAGGUAUUCCCUCCUAGCGAGACACUCAUCCUGGUAUUUGAUGGUGCAGCACCCAUUGCCAAGUUGAAAACACAAAAGGAGCGCCGUGCUGGAAUGCCAAGCCCGCAUGCCGUUUCUCAUCCACCGCCGCCGUCUCCUCAUCCUUCCGAUUCGUGCUCUUCAGUGGUAGCGAGUCAGAGGUACAACUAUGAUUACUGUGGAACAGAGGUGCAGCUCCUGAGGGAGGAAAUCUUGUCAGGGUCGGAAUUCCUUCUGGCUUGUGAAGACGCCGUACGGUGUGCGUUGGAUGACGUGGGUGAGGAUGGUGGAGAACUAGGAGGCCUCCCUGGUCGUACCAUCAUCAUAAGUGGUUGCGCAGAGGCUGGUGAAGGAGAAUUGAAAAUGUCAUCUAUUAUCCGAGAGCUUUGGCUCAAACAGCGGCGAGAGGAGACCUACACCGGUAACGAUGUAUUCGUUGUUGUAGGCAACGACUCUGAUUUGGCAUUGAUCGGCAUCGCGUGCACGCCGUACACGCACUACUACAUGGUCGACCCCGUCGACCUCGCCAUCACUUCUGUCGGCAAGCUGUUUGACCACUGGAUGGGGAGCGUACCCAACGGGCGUCUGCCAGCUGAACUGUUGCCCUCCUUCCGCAUUGAUUUUGUCUUACUCAUGCUGCUGGGUGGUGGCGACUGGUACGAGGGCAUCGGUGGGCGCACCACGCAACUGUGGCGCCGAUACAGAGACCUCCGUAUCAAUGGUGGAUAUUACAGAAAAUCGUUGAUACAAGGUGAAGCGUUUAAUAUUAAUGUUGAGUUCAUCCGCGCUGUGAUGGAUGUGAAGCCGUCUCGUCACCACGUAACUCGGCUGUCAAAAAUCAAACAGGCCACGCUGAGAGGGACGUCGUCUCUGACACCAGCGGCUGUAGAGAGUGGAGUGGAACUAUUAAAAGGUGCCAUGUGGGCACUAAGAUCUAUCGUUGGAGGCCAGUGUUUUGAUUAUGGAUUUCGCGUGUAUCCCAAGGAUCCCACCACAGGGACGUUGAAGGCAGCCGUCCAUGUGAAAAAACUGGCGGAACGCAUUCGGCCAGCAUCGAGUGCGCCCCUCCCGCUCUUCGCCCCAUUGGAGCAGUGCAUCGCAGUAUUGGGGAAACGCGGGCGGUUCUCGUCGGAGAUUUGGCGAGCCAUGACUACCGUCAACGCCGACGGGGGUGAGAAGCUCACGCAUUCGCGUUCUAUCACGUACCUGCUGACGCAGGUGAGGCUUUUGAUGGCUGGUGUGGACACUCAAAGACUCACGGCGGCGGAGCGCACGUUGCUCAAUGUGCAACACCGCAAUUUGUGUGGGGCGGGCGAGUGUGCACAGGAGGCUGUGACUUUCAUGAGCUUCACGCACUCCGCCCCUUCCAAUGGGAAUUAA